AUGCUCUCUUGGCUCCUUGACCGUGAUGAACCUGUUAAAAAGCUUGGACUACUGCUGGCUGGUAUUUUGGUCGGUACUGCAUUUGCGUCGCACUACAUCCCAACCGACAGAAUUGACGCUAAAAUAUCUAAGGAGCGACAGAGUGUAACACCCGGAGCUCGCGGCCCUACUCGAAUCCCAUUUCUCCCAUCGGCUAUACCAGUCGUGGGCCACGCCAUGUUCAUGGCGUACCAUGCAAAUCGGUUUCUUGACUGGGUAACCGACAUCUUUCUGUCCCGCAAUGGUGCUCCUUUUACAUUACGUUUGCCCUUCCAGCGCAAUGUGAUCCUCACAGCUACACCAGAGCACUACGAACACGUGAUGAAGACUCAGUACCACAAUUUUGUUAAAGGCGAUCAUAUUUACGACUUGCUCAAAGAUCUGCUAGGUGACAGCAUCUUGAUUGUCGAGGGAGACGAGUGGAAGUUUCACCGCCGUGUGUUCGUCAAUCUCUUUAGUUCUCGCACACUACGUGAAGACAUGGCACCAAUCAUACAAAACCACGUACGUGUCUUGAUGCGGGUAUUAAUCGAUGCUGACAUGUCGAAAAACCCAAUCGAUAUGUUCAAUACCGUAGGUCGAUUCACACUCGAUGCAUUUGGUGAAAUCGCUUUUGGGUUUAGUUUAAACACGCUCACGAUGAAAGAUCAACAUCCGUUUGAACGUGCAUUUGUUAUGGCACAACAUAUUGUUGCGGCUCGACUCAUCGUGCCGACGUGGUAUUGGAAACUCAAGCGUUGGCUUAAUGUCGGGAGUGAAAAGCAGCUGCGAGAGGCUCUUACAACUGUCGACCAGUUUGUCAUGAAACUCAUCUCUAAGACAAUGGAUAUGCGCAACUUAAGUGCAAAUCCCACUUUGCACGAGCGACCGAAUAUUGUAUCACUAGUCUUAGCAAACAAGACAACAGAUGGGAAACCUGUAGACCCACUCGUGGUCCGUAAUAUCGUCCUUAUGGCCAUGAUUGCAGGGCGUGAUACUGCAGCAGAUGGACUUGCAUGGCUUUUUCAUUUGCUUUCACUUAACCCACGGGUCGAAGAAAAGUUGCGAGUUGAGUUGCUCAACAAGUUGCCGAAAUUAGCAACUGAUGCCGAAUAUGUGCCUGAGAUGCAUGAAGUGAAUACUUUGCCAUAUUUAGAAGCCACAAUUUGCGAAGCGUUGCGCUUAUUUUCCCCCGUAGGAUUGGCGCAGAAACUUUGCGUACGGGACACUGUUUUUUCGGACGGUACAUUUGUCCCAAAAGGGUCAAAUAUUGCACUUGUAUAUUAUGCCAUGGCACGAAUGCCGCAAGUCUGGGGGAAUAAUGCGGCGUCAUUUGUUCCUGAACGAUUUAUUGAAAAGGAGACAGGAGCAAUGCAGAAAGUGGCUUCGAGCAAGUUUAGUGUCUUUAACACAGGACCACGCGUGUGUGUAGGACGCCAUUUGGCCAUGAUGGAGAUGAAAAUGGUUGUUGCAAGUGUAGUGAGUCGUUUUCAUUUGAACGAAGUGCCUGGGCAACAUGUUGCGUGUUCAAUUGGACUCACUAUCGGUAUGAAAAACCCUCUGAUGAUGUACGUACAGAAAGGUAGUGCGGUUGUGACAACAGAUGGUGGGUAUAUGGUAAAAGCUGCUUGA